AUGACCCAAUCACUGCCCAAAGAGGCCACCAUCACGUCCAGUGUAAAGGAUGGACAGGACACAGAAAAUUCGGCCUCCGAGCACUAUAUCGAUCCCGUGCUUGAGCGCCGUAUGAUGCGCAAGUUCGACAUGUACGCUAUCUCUGCCAUGGGCGCAUUGUAUAUGAUGGCCAAUCUCGACAGAAACAACCUUGGAAAUGCUCAGGUAGCAGGUAUGCCAGACGAUAUUGGACUUGUUGGAAACCAAUUCGGCACGGCCACAACCCUUCUGUUUGCUACAUACGUGCCCUUGGAGGGUCCCAUUGCUAUAAUGUUGAAAGCCAUUGGGCCGAAGCCUCUCAUGGCAACGUGUGCUCUCCUAUGGGGCUGCUGUACUCUGGGGAUGUCCUUUAUCCAGAACUACAAUGGCCUUUACGCCUGUCGGUUGCUGAUCGGCGUCUUCGAGGCAGGUCUCAUCCCCUGCAUCAACGUCUGCCUCGGAUGGAUAUACAACAAGUCGGAGCGAGGCAAGCGCUCGUCGGUCAUAUUCGCAUUCAGCGCAUUCUCCAGCGCCUUUGGUGGAUUGCUGGCAUUUGGACUUACGCAGAUCGAGACGGCCAACUUUGAGGGUUGGCGCUGGCUGUUCGUCGUUGAAUCCAUCAUGACCCUGGUCCUCGUCCCCAUAUUCUGGUUCGUAUUCCCCACCUCGCCUACGGAAGCUUGGUUCCUCACUCCCGAGGAGAAGAAGAUGAUGCAGGCCCGCUACGACGCCGACCCCAACUGGGGAAACGCGGACGAGUUCUCCAUGGCCGAGUGUCUAAAGGCGUUUGCGGACCCGAAGUGGUAUGCGUUUUGUGUCUAUCAGUUUUCGGUGGACAUCUCGCUGUACGGGUUGACGACCUUUAUGCCGGCAAUCAUCAAGGGCCUCGGAUACACCUCCGUUCAUGCCAAUCUGAUGACCGUCCCCAUCUACAUAUGUGCUCUGGUCUUCUUCUUGAUCGUUGCCUACUUCUCUGACAAGACUGGCAAACGCGGCCCGUAUCUUGCCGGUUGCCUCUUAUUCCUAAUUGUCGGUUACGCAAUCUUGAUCAGUGUCGACAACCUCAAAGUUCGAUUCUUUGGCUGCUUCGUUGCUGCUUUGGGCAUUUACCCCACAACCGGACUGUCUCUCAUGUGGCUCUCCGACAAUGUUUCUAGGCACUACAAGCGAGCGACCAUGAUCGGCUUCACCCUAUGCAUAGGCAACACGGCCGGGGUUGCCGUUGGUCAGAUUUUCACCACGGACACUGCUCCCCGAUACAUCCCCGGGCUUUCGAUUGGGCUGGGUCUGUCCUGUGUGGCGUUGACGGUCACGAUCCUCAUGAUGGCCAGCUUCGUAUGGGUCAACCGCAAGCGAGACGCCCUUCUGCUGGCCGCAGAACAGGCGGGUACUCCGAUUGAACCGAACGCAGAUCUAGGUGACUACUGUCCCCAUUUCAGGUAUUCUAUAUAG